AUGUCUCAACUACCUCAAUAGACAGGUUAGACAGUUGAAUCCUAAUAUAUACAACAACCAAGUCAAAUGAGCAUUAAGCCUUAGCCAAUCACAUUCUAUCCACCUUCAUUCACACCAUUUUAAAAUCAAAUAAUAUCAAAUCAAAAUUAUUAAAUGCAAUAACAAUAAUAAUAACAACUACAAUAACCUUAAUAAAUUUAAUAGGCACAAUAAGCAAUUAAUGCUUAAUUUUAAUAACAACCAAUAUAAUUAUAAUAUGGUGAUGAUUAAUAAAUAAAAUAAAGAUAAUUAUCAUAGAAUCUUUAAUAACAAAUUAUGUAAUAACAAUGGAAUGAAUAAUUUUAAUAAAUGCUAUAGAUGCAUCAUCAUAAUUAUUUACUCUAAAAUUAAUUACAUAAUCUAAUGAUUAAUUCAACUAAUUAAUCAGAAUAAGCUAGAAGAGAUUUAAUGAUAUAACAACAAUAAUCUAUGGCUGAUUUUACAAACUUGUAACCAGAAACUAUCACAGAAUAUAUACCAGUUGAAAAGAAGAUAAUAGAAUAUGAAACCAGAAUUAAAAAAAUUCAAGUUCCUGUUACACAUGAAAUAACAGAAUAUGUGCCUGUUACUACAGAAACUAUUUCACCUGAAAGAACAGUUAGACUAUCACCUCCCAAGGAAGUACAUAUGGUUCCAACUGUUGUUCAAUAACCACCAAUUUUAUAAUAGACUGUCAUUCCAAGACCUCCUCAAAUAUAGAUGAUUCAUCCACCUACAUAAAUAACUAGAAUGCCAACACUUCCUGCUUAUUAAUAAGCCCCAUUAACAUCAUUGAGAUCCUAAUCCUAAUCAUCUCCCCCUAGAGUAUUGAACAAACCAACAGAAAUUCCAAUACCUCCACCUCCUCCUCAUCUUCCCUUGCAACCUUUUAAUUAUACACCUAAAGACUUUCCAACUAUGAAUAUGCCCUCCCCUCCUCAAUAACUUCAUGCUUAGAUCUAAUUGAAUUCACCAUUACCGCCACCACUUCCUCCUCCACAAUUUGAUUCACCACCUCCUUCUUAUCCACAUUAAUUUGGAAAUCCAUAACAUUAACUACCUUCUCAUUUAAUUCCUUAAGUACCUUAAAUACCAUCAAAUUAAUUCAAUCAACACUAAUUAAAUCCUUAUUAAUAAUAACAUUAGAUGAACCCAAAUCAACCAUAUUAACCUCCAUUAUUACCUCAUCCACCUUAAUCUAGACCUGCCCCAUUCAUUCCAGAAUAAUAUCACAGAGAUUAAAUAGAAGAUGAAUAAGAUUAGUACUAUUAUGAAAAACCUUAAAGAAAACAACCAAAUCAUCCUGAUUUUUAAUAGACUAAGCAUGGUUCUCAAUUAGAUACUCCUAAUUAUCAUAUUCCCAACUAUGAUAGUGAAAAUGUAUAAUUCCUAUUAAUAUUACAUAGAUAAGAGAUAAAUAAUCUGAACCAAUUCAACAUCCAAAAAGAGCUCCCUUCAUUCCUAAAUCUUAUGAUCCUGAUUUAUAUUAUGAGAAACCAGAAUAGAUUCAUAUUCCAUCUAAAGAUAAUUAGAAAAGAGAUAUUCAGAGAUAAGUUUAUGAAAAACGACCAUAGAAUGCUCACCAAUAAACCCUAAAAACAAAAGAAAACUACUUUAAAGACACUAUAUUCUAAUGA